AUGAAGAAUCAAGGGUUCAGGGAGAGCGAAACCAUAGGAAAUAUCGGGGUAGUGCUGCGGUAAAGCCCAAAACAUCUGCCAGUCGUGUUUUGGAGAGCAGGCUUUGUUCAACUAGAAAUCGUUAUCCUAAUGUUUUUCUAUUCUAAGGCAUGCAUUUUUCCUUUUCUGACUCAAGGACUUCGUUAGCAUAUGUGAUAUCAGACUAAUGAUGCAAAACGCAGCUCAGAAAAAAGCUGUACCCUGAAGGUGUAAGAGAAGAAAGGAAUUCCAGCACAGAGAGAUUGGAUCUUGUUCUACUGGACAAGAUAAACAUUAUGGAAAAUGAGAACCAUGGAGUAAACCGAGGAGAUAAGAAGACGAGGUGGACUGGAUUUCGGCGAUGGGAUCGCGGCGCAGGGCCUUGACCUGCCGCUUAUCUGCCACCGCGCUGGACGCCGAGCACUUCCUCUGAGUUACGCUCCGCUUUUAUGAUAAAUUAGCCCUAAUCAAAUGAAAGAAUACCUGACUCUCAAGAAAUAAAUGUCCACAAUUCCAAGAAAAAAUGCUCCAGACUUUUGAUCUUACCCUUGAGGAUUUAGAACAAGAACAGGAUGUCACUUCAAGGGAAGCUUUUUUGAAUGAUUUCAACUUAAAUAUAAAGAUCAAAUAAAAUAAUAGAUUUUUUUUUAUCAACAUCAUUUUUUGGAAACAUAUCUUGAACUCUGCAUUUUUUUUAUACCAAAACCGUGAGAAAAGGUCUAAUAUCUGUUGAAAACAUUGGCAUGAAAUUCUUUGUUUUGUUUUUUAGCUUUUGGUUAGCCUUUUUUGGAGUUAGUCUCUAUUUUUGUGUGCUUUUUUUUUUGAAGCGCUGAUCUAACAACGGAUAAAAUUAGGGAAAUUCGGCACUCUUGUUUUUUUUUCUCUAGUGGUUCAAAAUAUUGAGCUCUAAACUUUUCAAAGUUUGGAAAAUUUUCAAAGUCUUGAGGGCAGGGUCUUCGAGAAGGAAUUUUAAAUAAGUGGAAUAAAAAAAAAGUUGAAGCUGACGAAAUAUUUCGAAAAAAAAAAGAAAAUGGCGAGAAGGUUUUGGGAUCGCAGAAGUUUCCUCGAAAAUCAUGAAAAUUCGAAGGAAACUCUUGAUUAUUCGAAUAUUGGCUCAACUCGGCAAUGAGAAUACUAUAUUGGCGUCUCAAAUUCGUCGAAGAUAAUGGUAAAAAAAGAGAAAGAAAAAUGAAAUAAAAAAGUCUAAACAGCUUGAAAUGAGAAUAACAGAAGCGAAGAAUGCAGCCAAGGAAGACAGGCGACGGGAUUGGCACCGAUGUGGGUCGACUCGGUCGUCCGAAGAAGACGUCGGGGUAUCACGACGUCUCCGUGCGGCAAGUACCGUGUCACAGUCCAUUUGCUUUCCACCCAACAAGCUCCGCCCACGCAGGUCCUCCGCGUUCCGAAUCCGGCGCCUUAUGAACUUUUACGGCGAGGCUUUAUGAGGCACGCAAGGGGAGGACAAUGCCGCCGCUGCUUUUUGCGGUUCGAGGGAAAGCGUCCGGAUUCUGACGAAUGA